AUGGUUCUGAACACCACCGCCAAGGCGCUCCUGAUGGCGUGCACCCUCUCGGCGCUGUCGGCCGGCAUGCCGCAGCUCGUCUACCCCGGCACGGAGACGGCGACGCCCACCCGGCGGACGCCCGGGCUCGAGGCCAGCGGCGACGGCAACGUGCUGCACGGGCGCGACCCGGGGCUGCCGCCGCCGGUCCUGACCAAGCGGACGAGCACGCGGACCAGCACGCAGACGGAGACGGAGGCCAGGGUGGCCGUGUGGCCCCGCGGCGAAUACAAGGCGGUGCAGACGCCGAGCAUCCUGCACGACCCGAAGCUCAAGCAGCAGAGCGCGUCCCCCGUCCCCGGCGCGACGCCCACGCCCAUCUUCGUCCUCAACCCGGUGCUCAAGGGCCCGCACGUGGCGGCCGUCAACGGCACCAUCCUCCCCAUUUCGCUGUUCGCGCCCAAGCGCCCGGGCGUGGCCAAGACCAACGGCACCCGGUGCAUACCGGUGGUAGCCACCGGCUGCGCCAACCCCGGGGGGUGGCCGGGGGCGAACUGGGCCUGGCUGGUCUCCAAGCUCCGGGGCUACCAGAAGAAGGGCCCGUGGGGCCAGGGAUACCAGAAGAAGGUGCAGGGCGGGGAGAAGAAGACGGAGGGCGGGGUGAAGAAGACGGAGGGCGGGGUGAAGAAGACGGAGGGCAAGGAGAAGAAGACGGAGGGCAAGGAGUGA